UGAUUUCUUGCUUUUCUCCCCAGUGCGUAUUCUGCAGAAAGGAGGCCAAUUUUGGCUUUGAUCAGAUCAUGUGUGGAGAGUGAGAGAUGGCAAUCGAAAGGUUGAUGACUGAGAUUUUGAAUUGGGGGGUUUUAGGGCUUCUGCUGACCUCCCCCUAUAAAAGAGGGUUGUUUGCUGAUUGUGGGGGGAUUUUUGGAGUGAGCCGACAGAGAGAAGAGAGAGUUUUCUGGGUUCUGAUAGUAGGAUUUCUUUGCAAUCGAGCAUAUAGAACUCGAAUUCGAAGUUGAAGAAAUAAAAUUUCAUCUGUAAUUCAACUCCCGACUAGCAAUACAAAGAGGAUUUCUACUCAGCCUCAGGUAUUUCAAUUUUUUUUUCGCGUAAAAUAAAGUUUGGUUCUGAGGUCGAAGGACCGACCCAACAUUGGGUCUCCUUUGAUUUGGUUUUCUGCUUUGUUCAAUAUUCUAUAAUUUGCUUUUAGAUUGGAAAUUUAUGGCUGUUUAUCUAAUCUUGAGGAUAUGAGUUUAUGCUUUGUGUUUUAUGGCUUGUUCCGAAUUAUUGUUCCUCCUUAAAGAAGUUCAUAUUUGUAGCCAGAGAUGAAGAUCUUUUAUUCAGUUGGGAGAAGCUUCGAGAUAUUGCUCAACAAAUCCUCCAUUUUGAUAUCAAGCCUCACAAUAUCUUGCUAGACCAUAAUUUCAAUCCCAAGAUCUCUGACUUCGGUCUGGCAAAGCUGUGUUCCAAGGAACAAAGUUCUAUUUCUAUGACAGUAGCCAGGGGAACAAUGGGAUAUACCACCCGAGGUACCGUCUAAGAACUUAGGAAAGGUAUCAUAUAAAUCAUGUGUUUAUAAUUUGGAAUGCUAUUUCUGGAAAUGUUAGGAGGGAGGAAGAAUAUUGAUGUCACAGUGGAGAGUACGAGCCAAGUUUAUUUCCCAGCAUGGGUGUAUAAUUGCUUGGACAAAGGAGAAGAUUAGAAUAGAAAAUGAGGGACAUGCCUAGAUAGCAAGAAAGCUUACAAUUGUUGGACUUCAGUGCAUUCAGUGGUAUCCGGCGAACCGUUCAUCAAUGAAAGCUGUGGUUCAUACGUUGGAAGGGGAAGUCAACAGUUUGAAAGUGCCACCAAAUCCCUUAGGCCAUGCAGAUGGAGUGCAGAUCAGUGCCAACAUCCCUGGAAGACCAAUAAACAUAGAAUUAGUAGCAGUCUCUUACAUAGAAUUAGGGGCGUUCGUGACAUGGUUUGCAAUAAACACCCUUGGCAGCAUGCUUGGAAAUCUGUGGCAACAACUUGACAAUCAACGGCAGCAUGAAAUCUGAAACAAACUGAUUAUUCUGUUGAUUCUGCCAAUUAUUCUCCUGGAAGUUUGCAACAAACCAACAACCUUGCUGUAGUUGUGGAAAUAACCACUCAACCUUAUU